AUGAAGUGUACCGCGCAGGAGUGGCUCAGAGUAACCACAGUGCUAUUCAUGGCUAGAGCAAUUCCAGCCAUGGUAGUUCCUAAUGCUACUUUAUUGGAGAAACUUUUGGAAAAGUACAUGGAUGAGGAUGGUGAGUGGUGGAUGGCCAAGCAAAGAGGGAAAAGGGCCAUCACAGACAAUGACAUGCAGAGUAUCUUGGACCUUCAUAAUAAAUUACGAAGUCAGGUGUAUCCAACAGCAUCUAAUAUGCAGUAUAUGACAUGGGAUGUUGAGCUGGAAAGAUCUGCAGAAUCCUGGGCAGAAAGUUGUUUGUGGGAACACGGACCUGCAAGCCUACUUCCAUCAAUUGGGCAGAAUUUGGGAGCCCACUGGGGAAGAUAUAGACCCCCAACAUUUCAUGUACAAGCAUGGUAUGAUGAAGUGAGAGACUUUAGCUACCCGUAUGAACACGAAUGCAACCCGUAUUGUCCAUUCAGAUGUUCUGGACCUGUGUGUACUCAUUAUACACAGGUGGUGUGGGCAACAAGUAACAGAAUAGGCUGUGCCAUUAAUUUGUGUCAUAACAUGAACAUUUGGGGGCAAAUAUGGCCUAAAGCUGUCUACUUGGUGUGCAACUAUUCCCCAAAGGGAAACUGGUGGGGUCACGCCCCCUAUAAACAUGGACGGCCCUGUUCUGCCUGCCCACCUAGUUUUGGAGGAGGCUGCAGAGAAAAUCUAUGCUACAAAGAAGGAUCAGACAGGUAUUACCCUCCUCAAGAAGAAGAAACAAAUGAAAUUGAACGGCAGCAGUCACAAGUCCGGGACACCCACGUUCAGACAAGAGCAGAUGAUAGUAACAGAAAUGAAGUCAUAAGCACACAGCAAAUGUCCCAAAUUGUUUCUUGUGAAGUAAGAUUAAGAGAUCAGUGCAAGGGAACAACCUGCAAUAGAUAUGAAUGCCCUGCUGGCUGUUUGGAUAGUAAAGCCAAAGUUAUUGGCAGUGUACAUUAUGAAAUGCAAUCCAGCAUUUGUAGAGCCGCAAUUCAUUAUGGCAUAAUAGACAAUGAUGGUGGUUGGGUGGAUAUCACUAGACAAGGAAGAAAACAUUAUUUCAUCAAAUCCAAUAGAAAUGGUGUUCAGACAAUUGGCAAAUAUCAGUCUGCUAAUUCCUUCACAGUCUCUAAAGUGACAGUUCAGGCUGUCACUUGUGAAACAACUGUGGAACAGCUCUGUCCCUUUCAUAAGCCUGCUUCACAUUGCCCAAGAGUCUACUGUCCUCGUAACUGUAUGCAGGCAAAUCCACAUUAUGCUCGUGUAAUUGGAACUCGAGUUUAUUCUGAUCUGUCCAGUAUCUGCAGAGCAGCAGUACAUGCUGGGGUGGUUCGAAAUCAUGGUGGUUAUGUUGAUGUCAUGCCUGUGGACAAAAGAAAGACUUACACUGCAUCUUUUCAGAAUGGAAUCUUCUCAGAAAGUUUACAGAAUCCUCCAGGAGGAAAGGCAUUCAGAGUAUUUGCUGUCAUGUGA